UCUUAUUCUGAUUGCCUGACACAGUUGUAUUUUUUUAUCAUGUUUGGGACAGUAGAUGAGUUUCUCCUGGCCACAAUGGCAUAUGAUCGCUAUGUGGCCAUCUGUCACCCUCUCAAUUACACAAUAGUGAUGAGUCCUCAGUGUUGUUUCCUGUUGAUUUCCCUUACAUGGGUUGUUAAUGCUCUUCAUUCCCUCUUACAUACACUAUUGAUGAAUGAACUAGUCUUCUGCACCAAAAAUGAAAUUCCCCUUUUCUGUGACCUUAACCCCCUGCUGAAGCUGUCCUGUUCAGACACCUUCAUUAACGAGCUAAUGAUCCUCACCAUCGGUGGUCUUGCUGGUCUGACUCCAUUUUUCUGCAUCAUCAUUUCUUAUGUGUAUAUAGUCUUGGCCAUACUAAGGAUCCCAUCUGCUGAAGGGAAGCAGAAAGCCUUUUCCACCUGCAGCUCCCACCUUUCUGUAGUAUCUCUCUUCUUUGGGACUGUCUUUGGAGUCUAUUUUAGCCCUUCAUCCCACCAUUCGGCCCACAGUGAAAUAAUUGCAUCUGUAAUGUACACAGUGGUGACCCCAAUGAUGAACCCUUUUAUCUACACCCUGAGGAACAGGGAUAUGAAAGCAGCCCUGAGGAGGCUCUUUUAA